GGGUGUUGUUGCUGUGCUCACACCUGUCAUGGGAGGAGAGGAAAGGAGGAAUUUGGGAGGAAGGCCGGGAAGAAUCGGAAGAAAGAUGAUGCUCUUGGCCUGCUUGUCGGUGUUGGUGCUUCAGCAAUGCACGGCGUUCGUCCAUCCCGCUGUCCUGCAGCAAAGGAUGUCGCUGAGAGCGUCCCCUGUUCAUCAUGCCGCGAACCACAGGCGAGCCGUGUCUGCACUGAGCAUGGCGAAAAAAGGCGGGUCGGGUGGUUCCAAGCGGAAGAAAAAGAAGGCGGCAGCUGCCGAGGGUGCGGGAGGUGCCGCGACGGUUAACACGAGGGCGGUGCCUGCAUCCUCUUCGGAGGACGAUGAGUUCGAAGACGCGGGCGCACCAAUGAUGGCGAGCGGUGGAGGAUUCGCUGACGUCAAGACGGCGAAACGAGGUGAGAUUCUGGAAGACGGUGUGAUCGGAAGUGACGACGCGAGGGAGGCGAAGAUCGAAGAGACUUUGAGAAAAAUGGGCGUGAAGAGCAUCGGUCAGGUUCGGGCGGCGAAGGCGGAGGAGGACAAGGAAAACAAAAGCGUGGGCCAGCAAAUUACCUCCAUUUUCGAUCUCAUCCCACCUGAGACGCAACUGGUGAUGGAGAGGGUCUUCAUCGCGGGCUUCGCGGUGUGCUUGCUGUUCUUGGUGGCCUGUGGGUGUGCGAUAGGAGUGGAGGCUUAUUUCCUCUCCACCAACGGGAAGCUGCCUCCAGAUCUCGACAGCUUCAUCGUUGGGACGCUCGAGCCCUUGUUCACGCCCAGCUUGGGAGCCACAUUCUUGUUCUCGAGCUGCCUUGGGGUGCUCAAGCUCGGGCAGAUGGGGCAGGAGAGCAUCGUAUACCGGGAAGAUGACUAGACUAUUAUUUUCUGUAGUCAAGCCGUCUAUGCAUAAUACUAUUCAUAAUACGAAUAGUACACUACUCUAGAAUACUAUAUAU